AUGAAGAUCUUCACAGCUGAAAUAGCGCUACUAGCGUGUCUAGUCCUUGGGGCAAGGAAAGGAUCCAGCAGCCUGCUAACGGAGGAUUGCGGCACCACCAAGCACCCAUCGAGAGUUCGGCGGGUAGUUGGAGGUGAAGAUGCCGACAGGUUCGCCAAUCCCUGGAUGGUCUUGGUGCUCGGUCAAGAAAAUAAAAUCUGUGGCGGUUCGCUUAUCACACGCCUUUUUGUGCUGACUUCAGCGACUUGCGUCACAUCGUCGCCCAAACAAGUGGUCUUGGGCGAAUACGACAGAAACUGCACCACUGCGGAUUGCAUGUCCAGUCGCCAAGUGAUUGACAUCAGUCAGCGGUUUAGUCAUGAUGAAUUCGACAUGCAAAGCGUAGGCAAAUAUGAUAUUGGUCUCAUUCGGUUGGCAAGGAAGGUGUUGAUCUCAGACUAUAUCAGGCCGAUUUGCCUGUCCGUUGAUCUUCGGGUGGGACGUGGUGCUCGAUCCUUCACUGCCACCGGUUGGGGCAGAACCCAUUCAAGCGACACAAGCAACAUUCUACAGAAAGUCACUCUGAGGAAGCUCAAUAGAAGGUCUUGCACGGGCAUGUUUUGGAUGAAACUCGAUGCAUCCCAGUUAUGCGUUGGCGGUUUAAACAAGGACACUUGUUUUGGGGAUUCUGGAGGCCCGUUGACCGUAAAGUCUCGUACGGAUGGUAGCGGACAUGGGAAAAGAAAAUCUCGGACUUUCCUGGUCGGCAUGGCCAGCUUUGGAUCUCACUCUUGCAGUGGAGUCGGCGUUUACACAAAUGUCGAGCACUAUAUGGACUGGAUUGUAAAUACUAUUCACGAAAGCAAUAUGAAUUCAUCGCAAGCCAGUCAUGUGCGGAAGUCAACUGCAGUGGAUUUCGACUUCACAACCAACUAAUGUAAGCAACUAAUUUCUUUAAAUUGCAAAUACAUAAUAAAGUCGUGU